CACGGCGGCGGCGGCGGCGCGAGGGGAGGGAGGGGCAGAGGGGCGGCGGGGCCGAGCCGAGCGCAGCGGAACGCGCCGGCCACGGGCGGCCGCCGCCAGGAUGCCCCGGCCCGCGGGCCGCUCCGCCGCCGGCCAUCCCCGCGGCCCCCGGCGGCCCGCGCUCGGCCCGGGGGCGCGGGAGCUGCAGCCGGAGCCGGAGGCAGGAGCAGCGAGCUGGAGCCCCGGGCGCCCGAAAGCCGGAUGCUCCUGGUCCCUGGGGUCCCCGGGCCACCACCUGUGAGGGCUGCUGCUCUGAGCCGAGGCCUGGCUCGAGGAGGAUGUCCCAGUCGCCGGCCAGCUCCGUCUGCACCAUGAGUGAUGAGCGGCGGCUGCCUGGCAGUGCGGUGGGCUGGCUGGCAUGUGGAGGCCUCUCCCUGCUGGCCAACGCCUGGGGCAUCCUCAGCGUGGGUGCCAAGCAGAAGAAGUGGAAGCCCCUGGAGUUCCUGCUGUGCACGCUCGCGGCCACCCACAUGCUCAACGUGGCCGUGCCCAUCGCCACCUACGCGGUGGUGCAGCUGCGGCGCCAGCGCCCCGACUACGAGUGGAACGAGGGCCUCUGCAAGGUCUUUGUCUCCACUUUCUACACCCUCACCCUGGCCACCUGCUUCUCUGUCACCUCCCUCUCCUACCACCGCAUGUGGAUGGUUCGCUGGCCCGUCAACUACCGGCUGAGCAAUGCCAAGAAGCAGGCGGUGCACACGGUCAUGGGCAUCUGGAUGGUGUCCUUCGUCCUGUCGGCCCUGCCGGCCGUCGGCUGGCACGACACGAGCGAGCGCUUCUAUACCCAUGGCUGCCGCUUCAUCGUGGCUGAGAUCGGCCUGGGCUUCGGCGUCUGCUUCCUGCUGCUGGUGGGCGGCAGCGUGGCCAUGGGCGUGGUCUGCACGGCCAUCGCCCUCUUCCAGACGCUGGCCGGGCAGGUGGGGCGCCGGGCGGACCGCCGCGCCUUCACCGUGCCCACCAUCGUGGUGGAGGACGCCCAGGGCAAGCGCCGCUCCUCCAUCGACGGCUCCGAGCCCGCCAAAACCUCGCUGCAGAUCACGGGCCUGGUGGCCACCAUUGUCCUCAUUUACGACUGCCUCAUGGGCUUUCCCGUGCUGGUGGUGAGCUUCAGCAGCCUGCGGGCAGACGCCUCGGCGCCCUGGAUGGCACUGUGUGUGCUGUGGUGCUCGGUGACCCAGGCCCUGCUGCUGCCCGUGUUCCUCUGGGCCUGCGACCGCUACCGCGCUGACCUCAGGGCCGUCUGGGAGAAGUGCCUGGCCCUCCUGGCCAACGAAGAGGACUCGGAUGAAGAUACCAGCCUGGAAGGCGGCAUCUCCCCAGACCUAGUGUUGGAGCGUGCUGGUGACUACAGCUGUGGGGGUGACUUUGUGGCCCUGGACAGGAUGGCCAAGUAUGAGCUCUCUGCCCUGGAGGGCGGCCUGCCCCAGUUCUGCCCUCUGCAGCCCUUGCAGGAGGACAAGAUGCAGUACCUGCAGGUCCCGCCCACGCGACGCUUCUCCCACGACGACGCGGACGUGUGGGCCGCCGUCCCGCUGCCCUCGUUCCUGCCGCGCUGGGGCUCCGGCGAGGAUCUGGCCGCCCUGGUGCUGCCCGGAGGGCCAGACCGGCGCCGCGGCAGCCUGCUGGCCUUCGCAGAGGAUGCGCCCCCCUUCCGCCCGCGCCGUCGCUCGGCGGAGAGCCUGCUGUCGCUGCGCCCUCCGGCCGCGGCCGAAGGCCGCCGCCGGGCCCCCGGCUCGCCCCCCGGCAGCCCGCGCCGCCCCGGGCCCGGCAUCCGCUGCGCCUCGGCCUCGCUGCUGCCCGACGCCUUCGCGCUGACCGCCUUCGAGCGGGAGCCGCAGGCCCUUCGCCGCCCGCGCGCCCCGCGCCGCCCCUUCCCGGCCCGCGCGCCCGCCCCCGACGGCGCGGAGCCCGGCGGGGACGCGGCGCCCCCUGGCGGCGGUGGCGCUCAAGGGAGCCCCGGGCCGCGCCAGGCGGCGCCCGUGCACGCGCACGCGGGGACCCUGCGGACCGGCCUGAGCGCGUCGUGGGGCGAGCCUGGGGGCCUCCGCGCGGGCGGCGGCGGCGGCGGCAGCACCAGCAGCUUCCUGAGCUCGCCCUCCGAGUCGUCGGGCUACGUCACGCUGCAUUCGGACUCGCUGGGCUCGGCGUCCUAGGGCCCGCUGGCGCCUGCCCAGGUCAACAGGCAGGCCGGGCGGCCCGCGGGACCAAAGCACCAAAGAUGCCAUCCUGGCCCGCGCUCGGGGCAGGCUACGCUGAACCCACCACCAUCGGCUCCCAGACGUGCCAGCCCUCCCGAGGUGACGGCAGUGGCUCUCUGCCAGCCCCGGAAAGCGGCCAUUGCCUGGAGGGGCGACCACCUCCCUGGAUGACCACAGUGGGCAUGGACCAGCGGCUGGGCAGGGCGUCUGUGGGGCAGAGGGAGGCUGGGGCUUGGGGAUGGGGGCUGGGGCUGAGGCUGGUGGGGAGCCAGGGACAGGGCCACCACCCGAUGCAACAAAGCCCAGCCCUGCAGGAGCCACGAGACUGCACCCAGCUUUCUGCCCUGCACUGUAAUUAUCGCACCUCAGGGGGUGGGGCACAGAGGGUCUCUAAGCACAGGGGUCUUCGUAGCCCAACCCGUUCUCUCAGCAGGUCUCCCUGCUGACCUGUUCUGCCUUGGCUUCCCCAUGUGUGAUGAGCAGGCGACCAUAUUAACUCUCAGGACUGCUUGGACAAGGCUCCUGGUCAGUGUGCCCUGACCACUGGGUGGACAGGGAGUGAGAGUGAGUCUAGGGCCCUCCAUGAAACCUUUGUGGAGGUCAGUCUUCUGGCCUGAUGUGGCCCCCAAGCCUGAGGCCGCCCAUGCUUAGUGCCCCUGGCCUGCUUGGGAAAUCCUCCCACCCCAGCUAAAGCACAACACUUUUGCACCCGUCCCCGUUGCACCACACUCACCUUGACCGCUAUUAGCAUCUGCCCCCCCCAUCACUCUGCCUUCAUUCAGCCACCUCUGUGACUCCCACCAUGAAAGUCCUGGAUACAUGGUGGACAGAAAUUAAGCAAAGGGGGAGGGGGCUUCCUGGUCCUGGUGCCUCUCCCCAACCCAUGCAGGUCUGCCCAGGAAGGGAUUUUGGCUUCCAGGCCUCCCAAAUUCUGGGUUUAAGGCCUGGUCCCUGGUGAGAUUCUUUCUCCACCCUGAGGCAGGGCUCUUCAUUGCUCUCCAUGCUGGGCAGACCUCUCGCCAGCCCAGGCUUGGCCACGGGCCCUGGAGAGGGCCUGCUGGGUCUUCCAUGGCGGAAGACGCCAGACUCGGGCUAAGGAGAAGCCCAGAAACAGCUGUGACCUUGGGCUGGAGUGGUGGGGCGGGAUGCAGAGGGAGUCUCACCCCAUCCCCUGCCUCCCAUCGGUGGCUCCGACAUAUGAAGACCUGGAGUGGGUUCCAGGUUCAGCAAAGAGCUGGUCUACACCCACUUCCUUCCUGUUCUGGAAUCUGGAAUUGCAGCACUGCCUCUGCCACUCAGGUGGUCAAGGCUGUCUCCUUACCCUCCAGGCAGGGUCCCAGCUCCAGAGAGGCCCCUGGGAAUGGGGAGAAUGUGGGGGCCAUGGGAACUAGUGCCCAGUUUUGUCUCAGCUUCAGAGGCCCCUUCCAUCUCUGGCUGUGGGGUAACUUGGGGGGAUGGGCUGGCCACGUGAGCAAGGCAGGGGCUCCAGUCCAGCCUCAGCCGUGGGAGGCCUGCCUUGCCAACGCAGCUGUGCCUUCGAGGACAGACAUGUCAUGUGGGGGCAGAGGUCAGCAGUUAGCCACUGCCCCCCACCCCCAUCAGGCUGGCCAAUUUGUCACCUUGCGUUUUCACUCUGUGUAUUUCAUAUCUGAUGGCAAUACCCACAGGAGGCAUGGUCUCCUGAAGUCCCUCCAGUCCUGAUUUUUACAAAAUUAAAGAGAAGGGAGGACCCUCUCUCCCUUUGUCCAGCCUCCAGGCCUGCUGGCUGCCUUGAUGAGCAGCUGGACCCUGGGUUCAGCAGGCAGGGAGCGCUGUCUUCAUACCACCACCCAGCCCAGAGCCAGGAUCCGUUUGUAGGUUUUUUUUUUCUUCAACAACUGAGCAUUUCUGUACAGAAUCCAAUAAAAACUUCCUAUGAUUUGCA